CAGGAGCUGCAAUACACGUUAAUUACCGCUGGGUGGUAUCGGGGGAUAUUGGUAGCGCAGCUCAGGCAAAGCUGUCACAGGAGCUGCAAUACACGUUAAUUACCGCUGGGUGGUAUCUGGGGAUAUUGGUAGAGCAGCUCAGGCAAAACUGUUACUAUGGAGACGCGUUGCCCCGCAAUAGACGCGGUGUAGGCCAGGAGCAUGUAAAGCUGCGGAUCCCUUGGCUGAUACAAGAAAUGGAGCCAGAAGGCCAAAUGAGCCCCCCGGGAUCCGAACUGGGAGAUGCCCCGCACCCUGCUCCCUGUGACCCGGAAGCUGCUACAGAUGAGGCCCAAGUCCCGGCCGUGAGUGCAAGCUCCGAGGCACUAGAAUUCCUGCGCAGUGUCGGGCAGGAAGAGCUGAAUCUUUGCCUAUUCGCCGACUCAUUAGUGACCGAGUCCGUUUCUGGGGUGGAAGUGGGCACCUAUACGGUCAGCGUGCAGCCGGCCUACUAUGAACUGGAUGGAAUGGAAGAAAAGUGCUUCCUUGUACACGCAGCCAGCCAGGGCUCCAUCGAUGGGGUCCCAUGUGGCACCUCUAUUAUUGGUCACAUCUCAUACAAACUGGAGACUCUGGAGCAGCACUUGCACGAGUAUGUGAAGCUCCGAGGACACUCUCUGGAUAAGAAGACCCAAACAGUGAGACAAGGGGACGAGAUUGUUAUUAACAGGAUCAUUACAGAGGGAGAGAAAUUACACCGUGAAACAACAUCUCAUCCAGCGAGCUCACUGUGUGGGUUUAUUUCGGAAGCCGCCAACCUACUGAUAAUGCGCAUUUUGGCCAGGAGGAAAAUGAAGGAGCCGUUAGAAUUCUUGGCAUUUGACGAAGAGGCAAAUUUGUGCGUGUCGACCUAUGCAGCACUAGGAUCGCAGACCCAAAUGAUUGGCAAACAAACGGUGGAUGUUUUUGGCAUAGAACGGACAAUCCAUUCUCCAGAGGUGCCCACAACCUGGCAGUGUUUCUACCUGUCUGAUGGGCAUUUGGCUACUCAUGUUCAGAUUGGAUCAUCAGUGACCAUAAAACUCACAGAGAUGCCGAUUUUAUCAGAACCAGAUGAGAAGGACCCUAAACCUGUGUUUGAAAAGAAGCCUUUGGAUUGGCAGGAGGACCUUCAGCUCCACUCGGAGUUCCUAGACAGAAAGGAGGAAUUUAUUUCAGACCAUGAAACGUACCUGCGGCGCCACCCAGAGAUGAAGGUGCUCCUGGCAGACUUCAUGCAGUUCUUGCUCCUGAGGAAGCCGGAUGACAUAGUGGACUUUGCAGCAGAGUAUUUCCAACCCUUCUCCUCCACCCACGAGCCCAGAGACCCCUUUGUGUCCUCCCAUCAUACCAGCCCAUUCCAUAACAGCUCUCAUUAAAAUACUUCUAUGUUCCA